GCAUUUUAUCAUUUUUGGAUUUAUUAGGGAUUCCCUCCUUCCCUCUCUCCUCACAAAUAGACCGUUGAAUUUCAAACCUUAGUCAGCCAGCCAUGCCCGCACUCAGAAAGCGAAACCGAUCGUCAGAGUCCGAUGCAAUGCCCAACAACGACACACCUCACGAACACAAGAUGUCCGAGUACGAGCUGUCGAGAGAGCAGAGAAUCCGCGAAAACCGCGAGAGAAUGGGAAAGCUGGGAAUUUUCGACCUUUCCCUCACUCUCAAGCUCAACAACAACAACAAAAGAUCCUAUUCCUCCCACAAACUCAGAACCCCUCCUUCUCUUCCUAACCCCUCCGCCCCCGUUCGCCGCUCUUCCAGAUUGCAGAAUGUGACUCCUGUUAGUUACUCCGAAGUUCCCCUAAAGAAAGCCGAGUUCAAGGAAAAUGGAAGGGUGGUGAUAGAAGAAGGUGCCAAGCCCGAGGUGUACACUGAAGAACACGAGAAGCUUUUGGGAAACACCGACAAGCCCUGGACGCUCUUCGUCGAUGGCGUUGGCAAAGAUGGCAAACGUAUUUAUGACUCCGUCCGUGGCAAAACUUGCCACCAGUGCAGGCAAAAAACUCUUGGUUAUCGGACAUGUUGUAGCCAGUGCAACAUGGUCCAGGGACAGUUUUGUGGAGAUUGCUUGUAUAUGAGAUAUGGGGAGCAUGUACUCGAAGCCUUACAGAAUCCAACUUGGCUAUGCCCUGUCUGUCGUGGAAUUUGCAACUGUAGCUUAUGUCGUCAAGCAAAAGGAUGGGCCCCAACUGGCCUUCUAUAUAAAAAGAUAUCAGCAUUGGGUUACAAAUCAGUUGCACACUACCUUAUUCAAACCCGGCGCUCAGAAAUAGAUGAGAAGAAAAAUGCAGAUGCUUCCGACCCAGUUUCAGCAAAAAGGUCGCUACCCUUCUCUGAUGUAGACAAGUCUCUUGAGGUCAACGAGAAUCAUCUGGAAUCAUUGAAGCCUCUAGCUGAAACUGAAGGUGAUGGUGCUGAGGUUUCAGCAAAGAGAUUGCUCUUCUCUGAUGAGCAAAGUCAGGUUGAAAAAGUUGAGUGCUCAGAUACCCCGAAACCUCUUCAGCUUGAAAAAAAUGAGUGUUCAGAUACCAAGAAGCCACUUGCUUCUUCCUCCAAACCUAGCUCAGACAGUAUUGCAGGAAGACUUAGGUCCAGGCUAAAAAAACCAUGAGAUUUUUAUUUUUGUUUUUCUUAGUCUAACCUGGGAUACAUGUGCUUACUUUCCAAAAAAAAAAAAACAUUACGUAUUGGGAUAACUGGAGUUGGUAAUUUGGCAUGAAAGCCUUUUUUGUCAUAGUAACGGUAAUAUGUGCUUUCUCUUUUAAUUACCAACUGGAAUUGGUAUAAUUUGGUAUAAAAACCUUUUUUUUUUUUUAUCAUAGUAA